AUGAAACAAACAACAUCUUCGCCUGCAUCUAUUGCCACAACCUCAAAUAUUACUUAUAAUAAUAAUGAUGACAAUCGUGAUAUUCAAUUCAAAAAACAAACUACAAUCAACGAUGUUGUAGCUAUUAAAAGCAACGAAUGUACGCAUUACUUUAAGCUGGCUAAAGUCAAUGAAAUGAAAGACAAAAAUAUAAUAGUAACUUUAUUUCAUUAUAACCCAGGUCCAGCAUUACGAUGA